AUGAACGACUGGUCGCAAUCCGACGCGACUGUAUCCAAUCCCGCCGAUGCUGCAUUUGCUUCUCCCUCGGGCGCUACCAGCUGGCCCGAUGAAUUCUCCCAUGAUCCAGGCUUUUUAGCAUCCCAGGAGGAGCUCCGAUGCAUGCUGUUCAAUCUCGCGCAGUCUGCAGCUCCGACCCGCGCGCCCAGCCCUGACAUCCAGGAACAAGGCUUGACAGAAUUGCGCGACGGGGAGCAGACACCAACACGGCCUGUACUGUCAAAUCUCCGUCGUAUUGAGUAUUUGAAAAACUAUGUUGCGCAGGUGGCACCGUGGCUCGAUAUGUUCGAUUCGCAAUGUACCUUUCGAGUGCAGAUUCCCGCACUGGCCCGCUCGUUUCCUGCCCUAAUGAACGCGAUCCUCGCAAUAUCCGCCCGACAAAUGGAACGGAAGGAGGGGAUCCAAAACUCGUUUGAUAGUCUGGAGCUUUACCAAGAAGCGAUUCGACUGCUGAGCCCACUGUUACAAAUGCGCGAUCCUAAAGUUGUCGCCGCUUGUGUACUGCUCUGCUGUCUUGAGAUGAUGUCUGCGAGGGCGCAGGAUUGGCAGCGCCAUUUGGAGGGAUGUGCGGCACUUUUUGACGCCUUCGAAAUGCAUGGAUUCAGCAGCGGUCUUCUACAAGCGGUGUUUUGGUGCUACGCACGCAUGGACCUAUGUGGUGCGUUGAUCUCUGAUGGGACACAGAGCACUCUUCUUCGGCCUAGCAAAUGGCUCACACCUGGAUGCCACGAAGAUGAUGCUGCACAGCUCUUCAAAUCUGCGCAGUCCCCGGACAUGCACGCCAACUACGCCGUAUAUCUCUGCGCCAAAUCGUGCGAGUUGGUGGCUGAUCGUACUCAGUUUGCAGAGCUAGCCAUUCAGAAUGACUGCACCGGAGAGACCUUCAAUCGCCGCUGGCUGCGACUAUGGAACGAUUUGCAGCAUUGGCUUGACAGCCGACCACCGGAGCUGUUACCAAUCCACACAACGACGACCAAACCAUUCCCCCAUAUCCUUUUCCUGCAAUGGGCGGCUAUAUCCUCGAACCAGUUGUACAGCACGGCAUGCAUUUUGCUGCUCAACUUGAUGCCCAAAUCUAUCAAGAUGCAGUCGACACCCGCCAUGUCCGCGCUGUGGCAUGCGAGGCGUAUUUGUGGAACUUCGCUCGCCAAUCCGCACCAUGGAUGCUUGAAUAACGCCAUUCAGCCGUUAUGGAUUGCGGGACGGCUAUUUAGCCAUAUCUCUGAACACGCGAUUAUAGUCGACCUCAUCCGUCACAUUGAAGCCGAGACUGGAUGGGGUGCUUGCUGGCGCAUCCGUGACCUGGAACUCGCCUGGGGGUACCAGAUCUCACGCUCAGACCGGAAUAUUGAUAGACAGCGGUUUCCCGUAACAGGGUGA